UUGUCCAGCUGACAGCUAGUUUGCUUUGUCGGACAUGUGCAUGCUGCUAACAGGGUUUUUGCGGCCAUUUUGGAAAACUAUCUAGUUGUGAGAUUUACAGCUCAGGGGAAGACCCAGCCAUGGAGGGUCUUGAGCAGCUUGACAUGGUGGGUGAUAUCAGCCCAGCCUUGGAGGCCACAGAGGACUUUAUCCACUGCAUGGAUGGGAUACAAGGCCAAGGUCCGAGCCAGGCUCAAACAGGGAACGUCCAGCCUCCCAGGCAGCCGAAGCAGCUGCAGGAAGUGUCCAGUGCUGCGCUGGGGAAGCUGAGCUCCAGCGGUGUAUGGAGCCUACUGGCGGGAGAGCAGCCAGAAGUCGGGCCCUUGGGCCUGGCGUGGGCCGACAACUUCAGCGUGUUGGGUCUGGGGAUGGGCUUGAGGCACGGCAAGAGAAGCCGGGCGCGCUCCACCAACGACCUGGCAGCCCACACCAAGGAGUGCACCAACAACACCGCCAACUCCUCGUCCAACUCAGCCUUCAAGAAGGGACACAACCGGUCCAGAUCUGACGUCAACUACCGGCCGUCUGCCUACACUGACAACGGACUGCCCACAGUGGACUGCAACACCCUGAAGAACAUGAUCCUCAACCACCAGCAAGAGGCUGAUAAAAGCAGCAGCAGCAGCAGUGUGGUGAAACAGGGUGAGAUGGAGCAGCGUGAGGGGCCCCGGGGCCGUUGGACACCCUGCCAUGUCGAGCUGACACCGUGUGAGCUCCGGCUGUACACUCUGGACAGCAGUGCCAACCGCCAGCUGGGCACCGCCUACUCUCUGUCACACUGCCAGAGCGUCAUCUCACCAGCACCCUGCAGCCAGCCCGGCCAGAUCACCCAGCCUGCCGAUCAACGCACGCUGCAGGCUUUGUUCUUCAACAGCACGCGUCUCCAGCUGAGGGCGGCCAGCCAAUGGGAGGCGAUGGAGUGGAGACGGCUUAUGUGGGAGAAGGUGCAGGCAGCCAGACCUGUGAGGCAGGAGAACCGCCAGCUUAAGACCGGAGUGGAAAACCAACAGGUGGCUAAGUUUCCUGCACCCAUGUCGCCCUCCUCGUCGCCCUCUCCAUCGGGGCUCGACACCAGGCCAGAUGGGGAGAGUGACACCCCCACCUCAGCAGAGGCUUCACUCACUCUUCAGACUAAUUCUGGCAUCUUGAGCAGACCCACCACCCUUCCUCUGUUCACCCAACGCUGCCAGGACGUCCUCAAAGCCGGUCUGCUCCACAAGCUGAUGGACCAGAACAACUGGCGGGCCUUCACCGUCGUCCUGACCAGAUCUGCUCUCCAAGCUUUCCCUACUGAGGGACGUGGCUCUGUGUCCCAGCCUGUCCUCCAGUACUCCCUGGCAUCCUGCUUGGCUGUGCAGCAAGAUCAGGAACCAGAGAACGGAGAGCCGUGGAUGGAUAGAAGGGAACGUUUCCAGGUAGUUUUCCCCAAAGAGGUGCUCCGACUUCGGGCAGAGGAUCACCUUAAGGCCCAGGAAUGGGUGGAGACCCUGCGAGAGGCAGUGGGAGCACAGAGGCCUGCACAAGAAGGAGGUGUGUCGGGAGAAGGAGCUCCAAGCCUCCAGGGAGUGCUGCUGAGAUCAAAACCGUCUCGUGAGAGGAGGCAUCGUGAGGCCCAGAGAGCCAAGAGGCAGUCGGUCACCACCAGCUUCCUCAGUAUCCUCACCUGUCUGGCUGUGGAGAAAGGACUCACUGCUCAGAGCUUCAGAUGUGCAGGUUGUCAGCGUCCGGUCGGUCUGUCCAGAGGAAAGGCAAAGGUCUGCUACUACAGUGGCUGGUAUUACUGCCAGAGCUGCCAUCAGGACAACUCCUUCCUCAUCCCAGCUCGCCUGCUGCACAACUGGGACACCAGCAAGCACAAGGUGUCUAAACAGGCCAAAGAAUUCCUGGAGUUUGUGUAUGAGGAGCCUCUGCUCGACGUCCAGCAGCUCAACCCUUGUCUGUAUGAGCACUGUGAGCCUCUCAGCACUGUGCUACGUCUCCGCCAGCAGCUACAGUCACUGCGGGCCUACCUGUUCAGCUGCCGGGCAACUGUUGCCGAGGACCUACGACGAAGGAUCUUCCCCAGGGAAUACCUGCUACAACAUAUUCACCUAUACUCCAUGGCAGACCUGCAACAGGUGAUCGAUGGAAAACUGGCUCCCUUUCUGUCCAAGGUGAUCAAGUUUGCCAGUUCCCAUGUUUUCAGCUGCAGUUUGUGUCGAGAGAAAGGCUUCAUCUGUGAGCUUUGCCACAACGGACAGGUCAUCUAUCCCUUCCAGGAGAACGCCACCAAGAGAUGCGACGGCUGCGGGGCCGUUUUCCAUGCCGAGUGUCGACAGAAAGCUCAACCAUGUCCUCGCUGCGUUCGCCGAGAGCUCCACCACAAGAGGCCGUCCUCCUUCUGGUCACCUGAUGACGAUAGCCCCGGGUGUUUUCACCUGCCCUACCAAGACACCUGA